UGGAGCAGGAGAAUCCCAAGUUUGAAGCCAGGAUGGGCUUAGUAAAGCCAAGCCACACACAAAAUCGUGGGCUGUACAUACACAACUCCAACAAAUAACCAAUAGCAGAAUUGGUGUACAACAGUUAAGAGAGGGAGAAGUUACUGACUCUCUCUCUCACCCUGGGACAAGUCAGCUCGCCUGGUCUACAGAGUGAGUUCCAGGGCAACCAGGGUUAUAAAGAGAAACCCUGUCUUGAAAAUCCAGAAAAGAGACAAUUAUGCCACCCAUCUCUUUAGCAUUGCUUAAGACAGUCCACCGGUUCUAGGGCAGCCUCUCCUCUCUGAGGGAUUCUCCCAUGGCCAUAUGACUGACUCCCCCAGGCAGAAUACUAGGUCUCUAUGCAGGCCAGAGGUCUAUUGUCUUGACCAGAAGUUUUUACUUUAGUGCCCAUCUAACAGCUUGAACAUGAGCGACUGCACAUUUUUAGUCUUGUCUGUUGGAUCCUGGCGUGGCGUAGUCCAAACACUGACCUCCAGUUUUUAUUUAACAUCUGCAAGGAUUCUCCCCCAGAGCUUUUAGAGAGGAUAUGGCUUUGAUGAGUCAUCUAUUCUGUACUUGGGGCUUCUAAAAUCAGCACAUAAAUUUGUGUCGUCCUAAGCUGCCAAGUUAGUGGCCAUUUGUCAGAACAUCAUAGCGAAAUAAAUAUAAUUGUUUUUAGAGAAACUUUACAGAAGGACAUAGUCAGGCAUGGUGGUGCAGGUGUGUGAGCUCCUCUGGGGGUGGGGGUGGUCAGGAGUUCAAGUUCAGGGUCAUCCUUGGCUAUGUAGUAAGUAUGAGGCUAACCUGGGCUAUCUGAGACUACAUCAGAAAGAAGAACUGACAGAGAGAGAGAGAGAGAGAGAGAGAGAGAGAGAGAGAGAGAGAGAGAAGACAGGGAGGUGGAGGGGGAGGAACAAACUUUCUCUCAGCCUGUUUUUAACACAAAGAACCAACUUCGAAUAGUUACCAACGAAGCAGCUGAGCACCCAUUAGAGAAAAGAUUAGAAACUAAAACAAGAAAAUUAGAACAAACCAGCGGCUCCAGAUUCCUGCUGGAGAAAGGAAAACAAGUUCACGUCAUUUCACAUAGUGUUCGACCUCGCACAAAUGCCAGAGCUCACGGAAUUGGGUCAGGAGAAGCCCUCUCAGAAGAAAGCUGGGAAACCAGAAGCAAGGCUAACUCGGACGGCAGUUUUGCUCCGCCCUCCAUAGGAGAGACCAGCCCAGCCUGAACCAGCCCAGAGCAGUGACUGAGAUGACAAUUAGGAGCAGGAAGCUGGCCAAGCCUCUGAAAAUCUGGAGAUGAAGGGGUCCGGACUCAGAAGGACAACGAACAGAAUUCUGGCCUCCUCCUGUUGCAGCAGCAAUAUUUUAGGAUCAGUGAACGUGUGCGGCUUUGAACCUGAUCAGGUCAAAGUACGGGUGAAAGACGGAAAGGUCUGUGUGUCAGCUGAGAGGGAGAACAGGUACGACUGCCUCGGAUCCAAAAAGUACAGUUACAUGAACAUCUGCAAAGAGUUCAGCUUGCCGCCGUGUGUGGACGAGAAAGACGUGACCUACUCCUACGGGCUCGGCAGCUGUGUCAAGAUCGAAUCUCCAUGCUACCCCUGCACUUCCCCCUGCAACCCCUGCAACCCCUGCAGUCCCUGCAGCCCCUGCAACCCCUGCGGACCCUGCGGACCCUGCGGACCCUGCGGACCCUGCGACCCUUGCAACCCCUGCUAUCCCUGUGGCAGCCGAUUCUCCUGUAGGAAAAUGAUCUUGUAAGAAGUAUUUAGAACCUAUGUCUUAGCAGAAGUCAGUCCUCCAGUCAGGCAGCUUGUCAGCACUUUCUCUUCCCCUUCCCAUAGCCCGUGUGGUUCAAGUGUACAGGAAACUGAAUACAUAACUGCAAUCUGA